GUUCCCCCUAUCAUUGGCCGACUAUUUUACUGAUUCGAGCUCGGAAUUUCUUGAAACUUAAAAGGCAAACAGAUUGGACUUUGAUAACCUUUAACACACAUAACAUCGAAUUCGAAGAUAACAAAGAUGCCAUCUCAAGCAACGGAACUCGGCAGUGGAAGAACGUGGACGUUGGGUGACAAAUUUGAGGCGAAAUUCCCUCAUCAUGAGGGUGUCAAGGCAUUGUGGGAGACAAAAUGGAAAUUCCCUUGCACAAAGAGUGUAUAUCCUUUCCAUGACGGAAAAUUUGAAGAUUUCGAACCCAUCUUUGAGCAUCUAAUUGCCAAUAACAUAAAUGAUGGAUAUGGUGAUGCGUUCACUGAAGCUUUCUUUCCAAUUGCUGAACAGCUUACUGCUCAAGGAGAUGAGUUAGUGGCUUCUGGCGACCAAGCUUCAGCAUCAGAGCUCUAUCUACGAGCCGCUUGUGUAUAUCGAAUAGCACGAUUUCCAUAUAUCGGCAAAUUUCCAGAGAUAAGUUCCCAAGUCAAGUGGAAAGCAUGGGAAGCCCAAAAAGAGGUGUAUAUGAAAGCUGCCACGAAAUGGGACUGUCCAGUAGAAGAAGUUUUGAUUAAACAUACACAUGCGGAAGAGCAAGAUGAACUCUCGAUACCACUUUAUGUGAGAUACCCUCCAGCUACUAAGACUUCGAAAGUACCAGUGGUGCUUCUCUUGACAGGACUCGAUGGAUAUCGACCGGAUAAUACAGUUCGAAGCGAUGAGUUUAUCAGUCGCGGUUGGGCAUGCGUAAUUGCGGAGAUUCCAGGGACGGCUGACUGCCCCUCUGAUCCAAGUGAUCCUUCAGCUCCCGAUAGAUUGUGGACAAGUGUCUUAGAGUGGAUGAAAUUAGGAGACAGGUUUGACAUGAGCCACGUGAUGGUAUGGGGCUUGAGUGCUGGUGGGUAUUAUGCCGUCAGACUGGCUCACACGCAUAAGGAUCAACUAAGAGGAGUUGUUGCCCAAGGUGCUGCGGUUCACUACUUCUUCGGUAAAGAUUGGCUCGAAAAGGCUGAAGGUCAUGAGUAUCCUUUCCAACUUGGUCCAGCUAUGGCAUUGAAGCACGGGUAUACCUCUAUAGAAGAAUUUAGGAGCAACGUCCAAAAGAAAUUCUCACUGCUGGAAAACGGGGUAAUCGAUAAGCCUUCGACAAGACUGUUGCUUAUCAAUGGUACUUUGGACGGACUAAUGCCGAUCGAGGAUUCCCAACUGUUGUUUGAACAUGGAACGCCAAAAGAAGCUCGUUUCUUUCCUGGUGCCUUACACAUGGGUUACCCAAUGGCAAAUUCGGCAGUGUAUCCGUGGAUGGAGAGUGUGAUGGAAUAGAAUGGGGGAUGAAGUUAUGUUGUGUGCGAAGUAGCCACCACCAUCUCAAAGACUCUCUGAGAUCUGUUUGUCGAUGGGCAAAAAUGAACUUCUCUGGCGCGAUGAAAUUAUGUAACAUAUCAGUAUACCAACGCGUAAAGUUCAAAUGCACCAUUGAAUCGUAUAUAUCUUCUCGCCAUUGUAGCUCUAAACA